AGUUGAUGUUUGUGGAUGUCUGUAAAUAUGACCAUAACUUUUGUGUCUUUUCUGGUUGGUCCAUCUAUGAAUCUUUUCUUUGUAUUUUGGCAUCAACUGGGUCUAAGCCUAGGACCUUGUCUGGUACAUCCUCUUCAUGGUUUCAAAUAUUAAUCUCCUACAACCCUGACAUUCCAAUUCCAAUUCCAAACCCAUCUUCUUCCUUCCACAACCACCACCUUCUCUCGUGAUAAAUAUAAACUAUCUAAUUCUUAGCUUGGCUGUCCGAGUUUUUCAUCUUCAACCAAUGAAAACUAGGAGGGGGAAACGAUCAGAGGCUUUUUGGCCUUCCAUUGUGAUGAAGAAAUGGUUGAAUAUAAAGCCCAAACUAAAUGAUUUUAGUGAAGAUGAGGUUGAUACUGAAACUGAGAGUGAAGAUGAUGCUUUAUCUCUUAAAGACUCAAGAUUACUGCAAACGGAUGAGGAUCAUAACCAGACAGCAAAGCAGAAUCAAUCGGAUUCCCAUAAAAAAUUUUCAGUUAGUGAAGAGUUGGAUUCAAAGGGCUAUCAGUUGAGACACAGGAGAGGAAAAUCAGAAACUCUGCGUCUCCAGUACAUAAAAACAAAGGAAGUGAGGGUGACAAUCGGAACCUGGAAUGUUGCCGGCAAAAUCCCAGAUGAGGAUAUCGAGAUUGACGAUUGGCUUUCUACACAAGAAGCUGCAGAUAUUUAUGUUAUUGGGUUUCAGGAGAUAGUCCCUUUGACUGCUGGGAAUGUAUUGGGAGCAGAAGACAGGGGACCAAUUCCGAAAUGGGAAGCUAUCAUUCGACGAACACUGAACAAAUCUUUGGAACCUGAAAGCAAACACAAAUGCUACAGUGCUCCUCCUUCUCCAGUGCUAAGAACAUCUUCUGUUGCUGAUGCACUUGCAGAUGAGAUUGAUGAUCUAUCUCUAAACAUGAUAACUAACCAAUUUCCUGGAAACAUGAAUAAUUGUGAAGCUGUGAUUGGUAUUAGGAAAAAUUUACAGCUGAAGAGAAUCUAUGGUAUUGACUGUGACACUAGAUUAGAUUGGCCUGAACACUCGUUAGAUGCGACCCAUGUGAUCCCUUCGAAUUCCAAGUUACGAAGAGUAUUUAGUAGCUCUGCGCGAAUCGGGUUUAACUUGACAGAGAAUCCAUACUGUAGUCCUUGCAAUUUUGCAUUGAAGCCAAGUGGAUUGACACGAUCACACCAUAGCGUAGGCAAUCUAGUCUCGAUGUGGAUGGAUAAGCAAGAGAAGCCAGAAGUUAAAGAUGCUUUUUCUGAUGUAUCCGGAGGGUCUUCUGAAGAGGAAGAGGAGGAAGAAAUUGAUUCUUUCUUCGAAAUCCCAGAGGAGAAACACGAGAAUGGAGUUAAGAAAGAUGGGAGUAAAUCUAAAUCACAUGUGAAGUAUGUAAGAAUUGUGGGAAAGCAGAUGGUAGGGAUAUAUAUAUCAGUUUGGGUAAGGAAAAGGUUGAGGGGGCAUAUCAAUAAUUUGAAAGUCUCUCCUGUUGGUGUUGGUCUUAUGGGCUAUAUGGGAAACAAGGGUUCUGUUUCAGUUAGCAUGUCUCUUUUUCAAUCAAGGUUAUGCUUUGUUUGUUCUCAUCUGACUUCCGGCCAGAAGGAUGGAGCUGAGAAUCGGAGAAACUCUGAUGUUUACGAAAUUAUAAGGCGUACUAGUUUCUCGUCCGUCUUCGAUGCAGAUCAACCAGAGACAAUUCCAUCUCAUGACCAGAUAUUCUGGUUUGGAGAUUUGAAUUAUCGCCUGAACGCACCGGAUGCAGAGGUGAGGAAGCUCGUUGCUGGAAAACGGUGGGAUGAACUUAUCAAUAACGAUCAGCUGAGUAAAGAACUACGUAGUGGACGUGUAUUCCAAGGAUGGAGAGAGGGACUCAUAGGUUUCUCUCCGACUUAUAAAUAUGAAAUAAAUACCGACAGAUAUGUCGGAGAAAACCCUAAAGAAGGAGAGAAGAAGAGAUCUCCAGCAUGGUGUGAUCGGAUACUUUGGCUCGGAAAAGGGAUCAAACAACUAUCUUACAAGCGAGCAGAAUUACGAAUUUCAGAUCAUCGACCAGUAAGUUCAGUGUUUUUAGUUGAAGUUGAAGUUUUCGAUGCUCGAAAACUGCAACGGGCACUCAAUGUGAACUGUGCUGCGGUCCAUCCUGAAUCGGUUUUCAUGGACGAAGAUGGAGAGGUGGAAUAUAAUUAACAGAUCUGGGACAGAACAGUACCAGAAGAUGAGACGGUUGAUUGAGGUAGCAGUUGUUUUGACGAUGCUGAUGAUGAUGAAGAGUUCAUUGGCGACGAGUGAUGAAGGACUUCUUCAGCUUGAUUUUUACAAAGAAACAUGCCCUUUAGCAGAAGAAAUCAUCGGACGAAUGGUGGAGAUUGCAGUGCUCAAGGAUCCUCGAAUGGCUGCCUCGCUCCUCAGAUUACAUUUUCAUGACUGUUUUGUCUUGGUAAUCAAUUACCCCUUUCUAUCUCUCCAAUGUAACACAUUUGAUGUAUACCCACUUCAUAU